AUGACACCCAAAAGCCUGUUUGACCCUGACAGCUUGAGUACAGUGGCAAAGAAAGGAUUGUUGGUGUUCAAUGCGAAGAAGCAAACUUUCAUCCGUUUACUUGGAAGCCUAUUCUGUUGGGAAUGGCAAGAAAUCUACCCACAGCUUUCUUUGUGUAGGUUUGGCACAACACCCAGAAGAAAAGUGAAAAACUCUCUUCUAACGGAAGAUGACAGUGAACCUGAGCAGAGUGCCUGGGCCCAUCUACCUGAUGUCUGUCUCGAGCACGUCUUCCAUUGGUUACAUGACAGGGACAGAUCUCAGGGCCUUGUCUGUAAAAAGUGGAAUUGGGCCAUGUACUCGGGAUCCCUCUGGAGAAGCAGAGCCAUCACAUUCUGUGGCCGACCAUUAAGGGCACAUACAUUGGAGCUGCAAAGUGCACUGUGGUAUUCAAAGAGAUUUGGCAAGUAUUUGGAGCACCUUGAGAUCAAGUUAGCAAAUCCUUGCAAUACUGCCUUUACCCAAAAAUUUCAAGUGAUUAUGAGAGGUCUUCUUUCACACCUGGGUAAGUUUAACAGUCGCCUAGUAUCCUUGAGCAUCAAAUACCUGGACCUAGACCACUUGAUCUGGAAAACUGUAGUCAGGGAGCAGUUUAUCAAGAACUUGGCUACCUUCCUGAAAAGAACGAGCAAACAGCUUGAUUAUGUCAACUUCCAAGGAGCGAGAGUAAGCUUGGAAGAAGGCUGUGAGCUUCUGAAUUCUCUGAGCUGCUUGACCAACAGAAGUUUUAUUUCUGAAAUAAAUAUUGAGGAUUUCUUCAGUUUCUACCUUCCCGUCUACAGCAGCACCUUGUUCCACCAAACUAUGUCCAAGUUGCACAGCCUGGUCACCUUGACUUUCAAUGACUCCAAUGAACUGCUGGUCAUCCUGCAAGAGCACAGUGCUCAUUCCCUGUGCACUUUGAAUAUCAAAUGUCAUAUCCAUGACCCUCAUGGGCAAGUGGUCUGGGGAAUGUCAUGGGCAAACUUGGCCAAGAGAGCCCCAAAACUGAAUGUGAACUUCUUCUUUGAAAGAGUCAUGAAGCAUGAUCACCUAGCCAGGGUCCUGCUAGUGGAGAUCCCAGUCAGGAGCAUCAGUCUACGGAGCUGCUAUUUCAGUGACCCAGAAUGGACAAUGAGACUUACCCUCACCAACCUCCUCCCAGCCUACUGGCAUGUUCUGCAGAAAUUAACACUUGAAUUAAACCAUGACCAUGAGCUGCUGGAUGAUGAGCUGCAGCUCAUCUUAUCGUGCAAGAACUUGUUAUUUCUGAAAGUCUGGGCAUUUCUAAGUGUCACCUUUAUGGAGAGGCUGCUACAAAACCAUGCAGAAAGUAAAUGCAUUUUGACUACCAUAAAGAUGAGGAUUUACACAGUCCAACCAGACAGCAGUGAGGAGGAUCAGAUGUUGGGUGGUAUUUACAGGAAGUUCAAACACGUGCUUGACUCGGAGCUUAAUUAUUUCAUCAUCACUCACACAAUGGUAUAAACCACAGGAAGAGAGAACACCCAGUGACAUCUGAAGCAAGGAAAGCAUCAGUAAGGUAUUUGAAGCUUGACAGCACUGCCUCUGAAAAGGAGAUAUCAUUACAGCAAGAGAGAGGCAAGGGACAAUUUUACACUCCAUGCAUUAAAAUGUUGGACUUGGGAACCACCCUCCUGUAUCUCCCGCAUCAUUUAUUCUUGCCCUUGCUUUGUUUUGACUCGCCAGAACCAAAGGAAGCAGUGAGCCCUUUUCCAUCUCUAGUAAAGCUAAGGCCCUCCUCUUUUUCAGCACUUCUCACUGUAGAGCUUCAAACACUUUACCAAUAAGGCCCAUCUCAUCGUUUCCAUUUUGCAAAUAGGGAAACUGACAGAUGGGGUGGGGAAGUGAUUAGCCCAAAGUCAGCCUUGGCUUGAUCUUAAUUUAGGUACAGUCACAUGCACUAUCCUGGGUAUCACCAGUCCCUACCUUCUAGUAAGUUUGAUACACACCCUGUGCCUAGCUCUUGACAGCAGAUGUUUAGAACUAAACAUACCAUGGCUAGUCCUGAGUCACCCCUCCCACUUGCCCAGCUUUCCAACAAGUGACUUUAUGAGGAGACUCCUGUUCUAGCUUCCAAAGCUUCUAGACCUUUCAA